AUGCGGAAAUCAACAAGACAGUCAAUUGCUAAUAUAAUGUUAAAAAAUCAAAGAAAAGAAUAUGGAAGUUUGGCGACGGAAAAUUCUGAUCUAGAUUUCCCUGAUUUACUUGCAAAAUUGGAUGGUUAUCUUAAAAGCGAAUUCGUAGAUGCAUUUACUUCAAGAGUUAAGAUCAGUAGAAGAAGGAUAAAGUUGUUUCUUGAAUAUUUAGUGGAUACACGUAAAAUCAG